GCCGCAGCGGCGCUGACAGAAAUCCACCGAGCCGGGUACUGCUCCUUCUACGGCGAGUGCGGGCGGAACCCCGAGAUCAACGUGAGCCUGCUGUGGUCGCCGGUGCCCUGCCUCUCCAACACACCGGCCCGGCUGCUCAAAAACGCCACCCUCAGCAAGCUGAAGGAGGUGUGCCCCCAGCUGUACAUGGGCGAGAACGCCACGUACGCCUGCUGCUCCUACACCCAGCUGGUGGCCCUGCAGCUCAGCCUGGCCAUCUCCCAGGCCGUCUUGACCCGCUGCCCCGCCUGCUCCGAGAACUUCGCCAACGUCUACUGCCAGAACAUCUGCAGCCCCAACCAGAGCCUCUUCACCAACGUCACCCGCUUCUUCAACCGCACCACCAUCCUGGGCAGGCAGGUGGGCGUGCUGGAGUACCAGUGCUUCUACAACCAGAGCUUCGCUGACCAGUCCUACGACUCCUGCAAGGGCGUCCGGAUCCCCGCCUCUGGUGGCUACGCCAUCUCUGCCAUGUGCGGCAAGUACGGUGCCACCCUGUGCACCAGCCAGCGCUGGCUGGACUUCCAGGGGGACAGCAGCAAUGGGCUGGCCCCGCUGGAUAUCGACUUCCAGCUGGUGCCCGCUAAUGGUGUCAUCGGGGAGGGCAUCGUGCCGCUCAACAGCAAGACUUGGAGCUGCGGCGAGGCCGUCAGUGCCGACGGGGAGCCGUGCUCCUGCCUGGACUGUGCCGAAUCCUGCCCACAGAUCCCCGCCCCCACGCCCCAGCCCCCGCCCUUCAAGGUGGGCAGCCUAGACGGGGUCUUGUUUGUGUGCUGCCUGCUCUUCUGCCUGCUGACCGUGCUCUUCGGGGCCUUCCUGGUGUGGCGCUGCGUCUCCAGAUCCAGGCAGGCCAGCGGCGAGGGGCAGCAGCGCCAGAGGGACCGGCUGACACGCUCGGAGAAGCUCAGCCAGGCCACCCACCACGUCCUGGGGGAGAUGUUCAGGAGAUGGGGCACCAUGGUGGCUUCCCACCCAGUCUCGGUCAUCUUGGUCUCAGCCGUGGUGGUGGUGGGGCUCUCCUGCGGGAUGGUCUUUAUCCAGCUCACCACCGACCCCGUGGAACUCUGGUCCUCGCCCGACAGCCAGGCCCGGCAGGAGAAGGACUUCUAUGACCAGAACUUCGGGCCCUUCUUCAGGACCAACCAGGUGAUCCUCACAGCCAAGGGCCGCCCCAGCUACACCUACGACUCCCUCCUCCUAGGCAGGAAGAACUUCAGUGGGAUCCUCUCCAUGGCUGUCCUGCUGGACCUGCUGGAGCUGCAGACGCGGCUGCAGGAGAUCGAGGUCUGGUCGGAGAAGGACGGCAGGAACGUGACGCUCAAGGACGUCUGCUACGCCCCCCUGAACCCCAACAAUGCCAGCGCCACCGACUGCUUCGUCAACAGCCUGGCACAGUACUUCCAGAACAACCGCACCCGCCUGGAGAUGACGGCCAGCCAGACGCAGGGGAGCCAGACGGGCAUGGUGGACUGGAAAGACCACUUCCUCUACUGCGUCAACUCGCCUCUCUCCUUCAAGGACAUCACCAACCUGCAGCUGAGCUGCAUGGCUGACUAUGGCGCGCCCGUCUUCCCCUUCCUGGCCGUGGGUGGCUACACAGGUGAAGAUUAUUCGGAGGCCCAGGCACUGAUCCUCACCUUCUCGCUGAACAACUACCUGCGCAGUGACCCGCGCUACGCCUGGGUGCUGCUGUGGGAGCAGCGCUUCCUGCAGGUGGUGGGGGAAUUCCAGCGGGCCCACGCCCACACCUACACCAUCGCCUACAUGGCCGAGCGCUCCCUGGAGGACGAGAUUAACCGCACAACGGCCGAGGACAUCCCCAUCUUCGCCAUCAGCUACCUGGUGAUCUUCCUCUACAUCGCGCUGGCCCUGGGCGAGUACUCCAGCUGCAGGCGCAUCCUGGUGGACUCCAAGGUGACGCUGGGCCUGGGCGGGAUCCUGAUGGUGCUGGGCGCCGUGUUCUCCUCCAUGGGCUUCUACGCCUACGUGGGGCUGCCCUCCUCCCUCGUCAUCAUCGAGGUGGUUCCCUUCCUUGUGCUGGCUGUGGGCGCUGACAACAUCUUCAUCUUCGUGCUGGAAUACCAG